AUGGCUUUGGCCUCCAUACAUACCUCAACAUCAUUCUUUUCUUCAUCUUAUGUUCCUUUAAGAAGAUCAGUAAAUGGUGCAAUCCAUGUCCCCAAAACCAAUAAUAUCUCAGUUCCUAAGAUUCCUAGAAAACAUGUCGAGGGAUUAUCAACAUUUACAGAUCAAAAGAAUGUUAUAACCAACACACAUAAUUUUCAACAUGGUUUGUCGGAUUCUACUGUCACCAUGCAACUUUAUGCUAUCUUAGAUUCUGUAUCUGACAGAAUAGAAAUGCACAACAACCUCAGUGAACAACGUCAGAAUUGGAACAACCUACUCUUAAACAAUAUCAACAUGAUCACACUCACUGCUACAACAUUAACCGGUGUCGCCGCGGCAACCGGUGCUAUGGGGGCACCACUUCUGGCUCUUAAACUGUCAUCCACUCUUAUGUUUUCAGCGGCAACAGGUUUGCUUCUUAUCAUGAACAAGAUUCAGCCUUCGCAACUCGCCGAGGAACAACGAAACGCUACAAGAUUGUUUAAACAGCUAAGGGCUAAGAUCGAAAACGGAAUUUCUCUUGGAAAUGUAACGGAACAUGAUGUGAAGUGUUUGGUGGAGAAUGUUUUGGCUCUUGAUAAAGCUUAUCCUCUUCCUUUAUUAGGUGUUAUGCUUGAAAAGUUUCCUGCGAAAUAUGAACCUGCUGUUUGGUGGCCGAGAAAAAGAAAAGAAGGAAAUACAGAAGAAAGAAAGAUGAAGAAGGGAAAUAAUAAUAAUAAUGGAUGGAGUGAGGAACUUGAAAUGGAAUUGAAAGAAGUUAUUGGAGUUGUGAAGAGGAAAGACAUUGAAGAUUAUGAGAGACUUGGGAGUAUAAUAUUGAAGGUUAACAAGAGUUUAGCAAUAGCAGGUCCAUUACUCACUGGAAUUGCAGCUAUAGGUUCAACAUUUGUAGGAAAUGGUUCUAUUGCAGCUAUAGUUACUGUUAUGGCAGGUUCAUUAGGUGCUGUAGUGAAUGCUUUUGAACACGGUGGACAAAUUGGUAUGGUGUUUGAGUUGUAUAGAAGCUGUGGUGGAUUCUUUAAGCAGUUGGAAGAAAGUGUGGAUGAGACGUUGGAAGAGAAAGAUUAUGAGAUGAGAGAAAAUGGAGAGAUAUUUGAAAUGAAAAUGGCUUUGAUGUUGGGAAGAAGUGUUUGUGAGAUGAGACAACUUGCUUUGAAAUCUGUGUCUUGUAGGAUGGAAGGAAUUGAGGUUGAUGAAUUUGGUAGCAAGUUGUUUUGA